AUCAGUCGCAUCACACGACUGUCUCCGGCAUCUCGCCGUACAUCCUAUGCUGAAACUGUACAUCAUGUACGUAUCUCACGUACGAGCUGCUUGGCAAGUUACCCGAUCACCUAACUACAUGCAGAAUAAGAAACACAAAUGCAGAUACAAAAUCAAGAUUAAAGCUAACACUGCUCGGGAGCUUCCACCUCUGCAUCGUCUACCCCGGCCUCCACGUCGUCUUCCUCGUCGCCGGCGACUUCUCCACCUCGUCGAGCACCACCAGGCAUUUGCUUCUUCCUGGAUAGGAUCCCGAAGUGGUGUGGUGAGAUACGACGAGUUCUCCGGAUGUUCCUCGGCAAGCUUUAACAGGCAAGCAUUUCCUAAACUCCUGUCCCUGCAGGAGUCGCUCACCUAUUUUAUUUUGCUUUCUCUCUUAUGCUAGCCUUGAGUUGCAUUCUUGUCACGUGUCCUAUCCACUUGUUACCUCAAGCAGCCCAUAUUGCCUCCACCAACCUCCUACAACUGUUGUUUGGUUAUCGGGUCUGCCUUGCGAGUCGUAGUGCAUGCUAGUGCUGUUUAUAUCUUGUUACCCCCUCCUGGACUAUUAACCCGGAGCCUUAUGUACCUAAGACCACAAAGGUACCAAUGCCAUCACUGAAGCCUCUCCUCCUGAGACCUUGGGAACUUAGUGUUGAGGAAUCCAACGCGGCCGCGGCUGCUCACCAUGAGAAAUGGAAGGCGGAUAUAAAGGCGAAAAAAGUGCCUGAGCCCAAGCCGGUAUUUACUGAGCAUCAAAAGAAGUGGGCUAAGGAUUUUUUGACGACACCGUCCCAAGUCGAGCGGAAUCUGCCAGACGACUAUGGACGUGAAUUUCGUAGGCAAGAAGCAAUAUUGGAAAAAGUGGAGGCGGAGAAGAAAGCCUUGGCGGAGAAGGAGAAGAAAGCCUUGGAGGAGAAGAAAGAAGAAAGUAAAAAAUGCGGGAAACAAAUUGCCCAGCUCGGGGAAUAGAAUAAACAAUCGAUCCCCCCGCUCAUAGUGAAAGCCGGUCCGGAUGCUAUGACGUUAUCCUUCAGAGCCGAUAUGGAUAAGGACUUUGAACUAAUGGACCCCGCUAUCAUAGCAGCUGCGGCAGCACAGGGAAUGACUGUAACGGGUGCCAUAGAAAGAGCGACCGAGUUCGGUAUGACUCUUCGUGCAUUGUUAGGCCUUGAGGAUGCGCCACUAAGUGAGGUAGCAUUUACAUAUGUGCCGAAUGGGCCUCUCGUCGAGCCUGCGCAGGAAGCGAGUCUACCAACACAAAUGCGAAAUCUGCUACGUUGGUACAAGGAUUUCAUAAAAAAUAAGGCCGGCAAAGAAUAUAUUUAUGCGGAAGUUAGAGAGGAGCAUCACUUCAAACUGUACUCUGUACAAGUUCAUAUGAGUGAAUUGUUCCAGCUGCUCAAUCUGCGCGAGCUCGACAAAUCUAUCCUGAGUUGCUACGUUCUAAUGAAGCUUGGGGAAUGCAAAAAAAGGAACAUCCAUGAUGUUGGGUUUAUUGACCCACAUAUCGUUAAUGGAUAUGUGUUAGAAAGAUACCCCCAAGACGUGGAGAGAGACUUGUACAAGUUUCUUAAAGAGCAGCAACUCAAAAGUCAAAUUCUAUUUCCUUACCAUUUUGGAGUUCUCAUCAUGGACUCUCUGAAUAUGGAUUCAAAGCUUUGGGUCGGCAUUAGAUUAAUGCUGCAAAAGGUUUGGAAACGGUUCAAAGAUAAAAUAACCGGUGAAUUCAAAGAUGAGCUAGAAUUUAAAAGGUUAGUUAAUGUGGAUACUCAGCCACCGGGGACCAAUCUAUGUGGAUACUAUGUUUGUGAGUUCAUCCGGAGACACACCUCUGAGCGGAGGCCGACGAAUAUCAACUUGCGGAGGAAUGACUUGCGGAAGAAGCUUAGUCCAGAAACUCGCUUCCGACCAAUUCAAGAGGAAUUAGCAGGAUUUUUGGUGAGGAAAGUCCUCCAUCCUAAAUGAGAACACUAUUACGAGGACGAAGAACUUCUGAUGCCGUAAAUUGUGUAUGAAAACUUGUUCGAAGUUGUAUAUGGUCACCCGAGAUUGAAUAUAUAUUGUAUAUUCCUCUUGAAUUCUUCUUGUUUGAAAUUUCAAACUUGUUUGAAAUUGUGCAUUCAUAUGCAUCAACGUGUAACAUGUAUAUAGUAGCGUAGAAU